UCAUUUAAAUACCAAAAAGUCCUCGCCUAAUGGUAUUUUACCCAGUAAUUCUCACAGGUGGAGUCCCUCGGCCUAGCUUGCAACAUGGCUGUUGAUCAGUGGUAUAAGCUCAGGGAGCCUCCGUAGAGAUGACGGUAUGAACAUUAAGGAUUAAAAAGUAGAUUCAAGCGCUAGAUACCUGAUUAUCGCUAGCUGAAAAUAGAAGAAUGAAGGUUCAGUUGUCUCUCUUAAGCUUUUGUUGAUCCACACGGUUUUCAUUUUGCAAAAAGCCACAUUUACCAUAUAAAACUUCCUUUAAGUUAUCCUAAAUUGCAGCGUAAACAAGGCUGCCUGGAGGAAGCUCUGCACAUUUUGAGCAUUACAGACAAGAUUGCUGAAACUUGUGCAUGUAUUUCUAUAUUGCAAGCCUGCAUUGAGAACAAAUCCUUAUCAGUUGACAAAAGAAUCCAUGCCCACAUGAACAAGAUGGGGAUAGGAAACAGAAUUGUAUAUAACAAAAUUGUAGACAUGUAUGCCAAAUGCCGAAGGCAGGCAGAUGCUCGCAAAGUGUUUGACCAAAUGCCUGAAAGAGAUGUCUGUGCAUGGACCACCAUGAUUGCAGCUUAUGCAAAACACGGUCCUGCAGAGGAGGCACUGAAACUAUUCGACAAUAUGAAACAAAUAGGAGUCAUGCCUAAUGGGUUCACCUUUGCCAGCAUUGUUUCUGCAUGCGCUAGCUUGGUGUCUUUGGAAAAGGGGGAGGAGAUCCAUGAAGAGAUAAGGAGAUGUGGGUUUGAAUGUCAUGUUCCUGUUGCAAAUGCACUCUUAGAUAUGUAUGUUAAAUGCGAGAGACUAGACAGGGCACGCCGUGUGUUUGACGAAAUGGCUCAUCGAAAUGUUGUAUCAUGGAGUGCCAUGAUUGCAGGAUAUGCAGCACAAGGGGAACCUGAGGAGGCAUUGGGUUUGUUUGGCAGAAUGCAAUUAAUGGGUAUUCGUCCCAAUCAAUUCACUUUUGCCAGUGUUCUCCCUGCUUGUACGAGAUUCGGGUCAUUGGAAAAGGGGAUGGAGAUCCAUUUAGGGAUAAUAAGAGGUGGAUUUUGUUCUAAUGUGAUCGUCAUGACUGCACUAGUGGACAUGUAUGCAAAGUGCGGGAGCAUGGAGAAGGCACGUGAAUUGUUUGAUGGAAUGCAGGAACGAACGGUUGUCUCGUGGAAUGUUAUGAUUGCAGGGUAUGCCCAUAAUGGAUUAGUUGACAAGGCGAUGGAAGUCUUCAAUGAAAUGCCUCAACAGGACUUGUUGUCAUGGAAUUCCAUGAUUGCAGGGCUUGCACUGAAUGGGAAAAGAGACAAGGCUCUGAAGCUUUAUCAGCAAAUGCAACUGGCAGGGUUGCGGCCUGAUUCAAUGACAUUCACAGGUAUCCUUCCGGUGUGUGCCAAUUUUGCAGCUCUUGAACAGGGCAGGGAGAUCCAUGAAAAAAUAAUUAGAAAUGGAUUACAUUCUCAUGUUAAUGUGGCUAAUGCUCUCAUUGACAUGUAUGGAAAAUGUGGGACUAUACAGAAGGCACGCUAUUUGUUUGAUAAGAUGCAUCACCGAGAUGUUGUCUCCUGGACAGCGAUGAUCACAGGGUAUUCCAUGCAUGGUUGUGGCAAGGAGGCCUUGGAACUCUUGGAGCAGAUGAAAACCAGUGGUGUGAAACCCAAUGAAGUCACCUUUGUUUGUGUUCUAUCUGCUUGCAGUCAUGCAGGUUUAGUGGAUGAAGGCUAUCAAUGCUUCAAAGACAUGAGUGAAUUUUAUAAAAUCAUACCUAGAAUGGAGCACUAUAGCUGCAUGGUUGACCUUCUUGGUCGUGCUGGGCGUCUUGAUGAAGCACGUGACUUUAUCAACCAAAUGCCAGUACAACCUAAAGCUGCUGUGUGGAAAAGUCUGCUUAGUGCCUGUAGGUUAUACAAUAAUAUAGAGCUAGGGGAAUGGGCAGCAGAACACGUUUUUGAGUUGGACUGGAAAAACGCAGCACCUUAUGUGCUUCUCUCAAACAUGUAUGCUGUAGCUGGUAGGUGGGACACCAUUGAAAGAGUACGGAGAAUGAUGAAAGACAGAGGCAUACAAAAGACACCCGGAUGCAGUUGGAUUGAAGUUAACAAAGAGGUUCACAAUUUCAUUGGAGGAGACAGGUCACACCCAGAAAUACACAAAAUUUAUACAAAGUUGGAGAUAUUGUCUCGGGAGAUGAAGGUUGCAGGAUAUGUUCCUGAUAUAAGGUUUGUAUUAAACGAUGUGAAGGAGGAGGAGAAGGAAGAAAUUCUUCGCCACCAUAGUGAACGGCUUGCAAUUGCAUUUGGGCUCAUAAAUACACCUCCUGGAACAAUCAUUCGAAUUGUCAAAAAUCUUAGAGUAUGUGGCGACUGCCAUUCUGCAAGCAAGUUCAUCUCCAAGAUCACUGCAAGAGAAAUUGUUGUAAGGGAUGCCAACCGUUACCAUUGUUUCAAAGAUGGACAAUGUUCCUGUGGAGAUUAUUGGUGAUGCCAAGUGUGACAAGCUCAUAACAUAAGGUUGCAUAAUGGUAAGACAAUCGUAUUGUUUUACUCCGGUUCCAGUAUAUACAUUCAAAUAUGGAGAACUUAAAUUAUUUUCAAAAUAUUUCUUGGCAAAAUGCCAUUGCCUGAACUGUCAUUGUUUGGAUUUCAAUCAAAAUGGGCAUGGUGAGAGGGUCCUCAACAUAUUUCAAAUUUUCAACAAAUGCAAUUAGCAGGUGUCCGAACCUGAAGACAACUAGUAUACUUCUAAUGGAAGCAAAGAUGGCAUCUUUUGGAACCGAUAUGGAUAUCCUUAAAAUUAAUUAUUGAAGUGCAUGAUGGGCGAUGGCAUUGCCGCGACCAUCCUGAUGCUCAUGAAAUGUAUGGGAAUACAGCAAUAAUUAGAAUAAGCUGUUGAAUACAACAUAAAAGAUAAUUUGGGGCCAACUAUGUUUGCAGGCCAUACUAAAGUUAAACACGAUUCUGGAAAGGAAAACCCCAAACUCUUCGAACUGGUAAAACAUUCUUGCAGUAAAAUUUUAUCAUAUCAUCUUACGGGCUUGGUUUCUGUUUUGCCAACGUGUUGCAAUGCUGAUCAAGUGGAUUCAGAAGCUUCAGUCAGAUGAAAUAAUAUAAUCACACAUAUCCCUCAAUGAAGCAUUAUAGCUGCUUUGAUUUUCAUUACUGUGCUGGAUACUGGGGUGAAGCCAAAUACCGUAUUGACAAAAUGCUAGCAAGAUCUAAUUUGUCGACUGAAGUUGUUUCCUUGGUCCCUGAAAUAUACAUAAUCUAGGAUAAUCCAUUUCUAAGUUGGACUCUAAAAGAACUUGAACCUUUGUGCUUCUGUCAUGCUUGUCACAACUGGCAGGUGAAGUACAGCGGGGUACUAAAGACACCUAGAAGACCUUGGAUUGAUAUUAUUAAACCAGUUUGUGCUUUUCUUCACAGAGUGAAAUCUGAUCUGUAAAUGUAGAAAAUCCAUAUUGAGGUUGGAUUUGUUUUUAACUUAGAAAGUGACAAGAAUGUUUUUGAUGCCA